AUGGAAGCCAUUACCUUCAGUGUCAAGGUGGUGUCGGGCGAGUUCAGCGAGGAUAGCGAGGUGUACAACUUCACGCUGCACGCGGGCGACGAGCUCACGCUCAUGGGCCAGGCGGAGAUUCUGUGCGCCAAGACCACCAAGGAGCGCUCGCGCUUCACCACGCUCCUGCGCAAGCUGGGCCGGGCGGGGGCGCUGGCCGGCGUGAAGGAAGAGUGCCGCCUGCUCAACGCCCCGCCCGUGCCUCCCCGCGGUGGCAGUGGCAGCAGCAGGCUCUCAGGCAGCCCCCCUGUGCCCCCUCGCUUCCCCAAGCUGCAGCCUGUCCACUCGCCCAGCUCCAGCCUCUCCUACUACUCUUCGGGCCUCCAGGAUGGGGCGGGUUCCCGCAGUGCCAGUGGCUCCCCGUCACCAGAUGCCUACUCCCUCUAUUGCUACCCAUGCACCUGGGGAGACUGCAAGGAACCAGCCCUGGAGCCCUUUGACCCCUUUGAGCUGGGGCAGGGCAGUUCUCCAGAGCCCGAGCUGUUGCGCUGUCAGGAGCCCAGAGCUGUGGAGGCACCUGGGCCUGGACCCUGCCUUUCGCCACUUGGUCCUCCCAAAGUCUUUGACCCUGAAGGUUUGGUGCUGAGGCAGGUCCCUACCCCAUUGUCACCAGCUGCCCUGCAGGGGCCUGAGGCAGGAGGAACACGAUUUUUUCUCACCCAAGGGCGCCUGGAAGGCCCUCCUGCCAGUCCCCGGGAUGGAGCUACAAGCUCCGGGGGCCGGGAUGCCACCCCCUGGCAGCCCCCCGCUGACCUGUCUGCGCUCUCUCUGGAGGAGGUCUCUUGCAGUCUGCGUUUCAUCGGGCUCUCAGAGGAUGUGGUGAGCUUCUUUGCCCGAGAACGCAUCGAUGGUAGCAUCUUUGUGCAGCUCAGUGAGGACAUACUGGCAGAUGAUUUCCACCUCACCAAGCUGCAGGUCAAGAAGAUCAUGCAGUUCAUCAAAGGUUGGCGGCCCAAGAUCUGAACUGGCCAGCCUGAAGCUGCACACCUAGAGUGCUGGCACAGAAGCCCUGGGGACCAGCCUUGGGUCUGCCAGGGAACAGCACUCCCAGAGAAGCACUACUCCCUCCAGGGAGAAUCUACACCAAGACUGAGACUGCUCGGGAGCCACUCAGAGUGAAUCCAGGGAGGCGCACUUGGAGAUGGGAUCCUCUGGGCUCCGAGCCCUGCGUGGGGACCUCUUGUCUUUGAGUGUGCAGAAUUCGUGGGGAGUGUGCUAGAGGCUUCACUGUGCACAUGGACCUGGUGCGGCAUUUGCUGUCAUUCCCAUGGAGGGUGGGUGUCAAAAGCUGGUCUUCAUGGUGACCUAACACCUUCCCAUGCCCUGCUGCAGACGUCUUGCACUUCUCAAGCUUGUAGGUUGAGGUUAGAGACAAGGGAAAAUAAGGCCCAUAACUUAAGCACAAAUUCCCCAAGUGCCCUCUCUCCUUUGUGCUCUGUGGGCUCUUGACCUAAAACUGCCCCAGAGUCACAGGGGCCGACCCUCUGGGAUGCCCUGCCUUUACCCCCUUGCUGCACUGUGCUUUUGGUGCCUUGCCCUGAGCACGGGUGAAUCAGGUACAAGCCUGUGCCACAGCACCUGAGCGCCACCUCUGGGUUCUGCUUCAUGGGUGCCGACUUGGGGAGAGCACAGCUCUGCUAUUGACCUGCUUAUCCAGUUAGGGAGGCAGAUGCUUUCCCGAUGUUUCUAGCACACUGGCUUCUGCUCUGACCUAAUACAACUAGUCAUUUAUCCCAUCAGGUAGGGCUCAGUCUCCUGACUGACUCCAUGGAAGAGCACGUAGACUUAGGUCAGCUGCUCCUUGAUUCUACAAGCAAGCUGUGGUCUGUCACCCCCACUUCCACCAGUCUCCUUCCCCCAUUGUUUGAUGAGCACAUAGUGUCCUUCCUUGGUUUUCUGUCACUGGCACAGGAGGGUACAGUUGGGAGAGAGAGCAUGGUGGCUUGGAAAGACCUACCUUUCCCCUCCCCCUGGAGCUCAGGCCUCCUGCACUUGUUCACAUGCUUCAGAGCAGAUCUUUGUGCCCUUGAAUUUUGAGCAUGUGUACAUCCACCCACCCACAAACACCACCACCACAGUACUCCUCCUCACGCCCACUAGUGUCAGGGCCCCAGAGGUGUCAGCCUUCUCUUCUGCCUUACCUAGAUGACCUAGAUAUUUAUUUCCUUCAUUUUUUGUUUUUUAAUCUUAUGAGUAGUUAAGCCAGGCUGGCACCCACACCCCAAGCAGGCUGCCUCAGCUCUGAGAAGGGAAGUCAGAGAGUAGAACACAGAAACUGGGAUGCUGAGACACUUGGUUUUCUUGCAAAACAUCUAAUGAAUCCUCAAGGACUAGUGAAAUAAAUGCUAGACCACUGAAGAAGUACAAGUGGAA